AGCCAACGACUGUCGAUCGAGUCCCAAAGGCGACUAGCACCCUAAAAAACUGUUGCUAUGAAUGAAUGGUGGCUGUCGUGUAUUGUAACCGGAGGACUCUACCUGCCCUAGAGUCUUUAGGCCACGAUCGAACAGUAUUGUACUUGGAGAAAGCAGCUCCACAAGACCACUAGACAGGAUCGGAUCAGACCAGCCCGCAGCAAGCAACAAAACGAGUGUAUUCGGAGCGUGUUCGAUGGGGUACAGAGUGCAACAGCAAGCGCCAAUAGUGCUAGGCCUGCUGCUGCUGCUGCUGCUGCAUCGCGUUGAUGCAAUCGUGCGUAAUGAGGUAGCGGAAGGAGGGCUCACCGCCACAGAGCUGUUCCCGUUUGCCGUCUCGCUACAGCUGGUAGGCCCCGAUGGGGGCACCUAUUGGCCGCAGCACUUCUGUGGCGGUACGUACCUGGGCCGGGGCUGGAUCCUGACGGCGGCCCACUGUGUGAUCGCGGUCAAUCAAUCACGCAUUGUCGCCCAGCUAGGCGGACACGAACUGGAGCUAAGGGAGGCAGCAGCAGAGCACCCGGCAGGUAGUAGCCAGCCACCAGUAGCCCGAUAUCCGGUGGUCGAGGUACGCAUUUUGGCCAACUACAACCCCAUAACUAUGGUUGGGGAUAUUGCUCUGCUACGGAUCGAAGCAGUUGGCACGGCAGCCAAAACGCUCUGGCGACGGCGGCGGGAGCAGUUGCGACUCCCGCUGCCCACCGAUCGCAUCGCGAUGAACGGAGAGAUGUGCUACAUCUUUGGAUACGGCUCGGAGGAGUACGAUGGGCCGAUCAGCAAGUCGCUUCGCUACGGGACGGUGCUGGCACUCGAACCGGAUCGCUGCAUCGGAAUGAUGGGGGCGGUCGUUGCACCACCACCCGACUCCGGCAUGUUCUGUGCGAUCGGUAGGGCCGAUGCCUGCAGGGGUGACUCGGGCGGUGGUUACGUGUGCAGGUCACCAUCGUCCGACGGACCGUUCGUGUUGCGUGGCAUCAUCUCAUACGGUGUCGGAUGCGGGGCUGCCGGUACACCCGGUGUUUACACCGACGUUGCCUACUAUCUGCACCACUAUCAACCGGCCACUACCAGCCUUCUAUCGGAUCGGAUGCGAUCCCCUUAAUUGCCACACUAGUCCACUAGAGAACUAGACAACCGAUUCGGUGCGUUUGCAGGUAUCUCGGAGGGGAUUGGGUGAGUUAUUACAUACCUAGUGCAUCUUGUGCACUGCCAUCUCCCGUACAAAUAGCUGAAAAGUUGUACUUAAUUGAAUAAAUUUCUCAAAAUCAAACGCACCUUUUCAGUCAAACAUCUUGAGUAAUUACUUUACUCAUUUUCAGCAAACUUAUUAAGGGGAAUGGGACGGAGAAACCAUUCGUUUUUUUUAUUGUCAAUAGCGUCAUAUUUGAGUUUGAUUAAUUUUUCUCAUAAAGUUUCAAAGAAUCCAUUCUAUAGCCGUGGCCACACGGGGCGAAAAUUUGCGCGCAAAUUUGCACAUUAAUGCCAAAAUGUUUUCGCUUCGUGUGGCAGGGGUAAAACCCCGAAAAUUUAUGCCGAAAUGUCAAACGUAUUGUUUUCAUCUGUGUUUUGGCCGCUGAAGUUGAUUUCCGAAUAAAUUUUGCAGUUUUUAACGAUA